CUUCUGAUUUUGCAUGACCUUGAUCUGAACAAAUCUUUAGAGGUUGGCAGCUACCCAAUUUUAAGAGCUAGGAGAACUACAUCAAGUUCAGAUACAACAUCUACAAGUUCAUCUGGUCCUCGAGCUGUUGGUUCACCAUGUCACCAGAAUGAUUCAGGUCUACUGUCUGAGAAACAUAUGUCACGGUCCUCGCAGCGAGAAGGUGGAUCACCUAGAAAUAGUCUGGAGGUCUUAACACCAGAAGUUCCUGGAGAACGAGACCGUGGGAACUGCAUUACAUCACUACAGCUCCAUCCAAAAGGGUGGGCUACACUUCUGCGGUGCUCAAGUAAUACAGAUGACCAGGAGUGGACCUGUGUCUAUGAAUUCCAGGAAGGAGCCCCUGUGCGCCCUGUCUCACUUCGUUGUUCUCUGCGAUUGACUCAUUGCAUUGAAGAAGCCAACGUAGGCCGGGGAUACAUCAAAGAACUUUGUUUCAGUCCUGAUGGUCGGAUGAUUUCAUCCCCACAUGGCUAUGGGAUCCGCUUGUUGGGGUUUGACACACAGUGCAGCGAACUUGUUGACUGUUUGCCCAGAGAAGCCGGUCCCUUACAGGAAAUACGUUCCCUCUACUCUCACAACGAUGUGGUACUGACAACAAAGUUUUCUCCAACACACUGUCAGAUUGCCUCGGGGUGCCUUAGUGGACGUGUUUCUUUGUAUCAGCCAAAGUUCUAGGCGCAUCCUUACAUCAACAGGAACUUCAGAUGUUUGUGUUAAUAAUUACUUCAGUUUAGUUGAAGUGUGUUCUUUUUGAAGUUGUGUAAAUUCAGAUAAGAUCAUAGUUACUAUGGUCUGUGAACAUAACAGUGAAACAAGUUCCCAGUCCAUCACUGUAUGCAUUCUGAUACUGCAUCCAGAAGUAAGGCUCUGUGCAUUUUGUUUUCAGCCUUCCGUGCAGACCUCUGCUCCUGCUGAUCCUGUGCCAUUGCGUCGUCUUUCUGGUUGGUUCAUUUCAACAUAACUUAAAAGUGGGCUGUCUGAAGGAAAUGUAGAUGGGGCAUGGGUAACAGUUCAGCCAAAACUUACCCAGGUCCUGCUGGUACGAUACCUGUUUGUUCCAGAGGAACUGGACUUCCUCACAUACACUUGCUUGGCCUUUUCUCUUGCUGAAAAUACUAUACAAUGAUUAUUGGAUAAUGGAGCUGGUUUUGUGCACGCUAGAUUAGUUACUGCCACAAAAAGAAAAAAAAAAAAAGUUUUCAUUUCUAUACAAAUUUGGUUAUCUGUGAUUGGCUAGAAAAAAAAUAGUAAACUUUCUGUAAUGUUUUGCUGUAGUUAAAAUCUUUUUAGGCUGUUUUUCCUUAAUUGUAUGUAUUGUGUUUAUUGCCAGAAGGAAAAGAUUCUGGAUGGAGAUGUAGCUGCAUUUUCCUCAAAUAGAAUUUAGGAGGAGAAGAAUGGGGCAGGGAAACAAACAAGAGCUGAAUGGGUAAAAAUCUUUUCAUAUAAUCACUGCAGAUUAACUGUUCAGAAUGUUUCUCGUUAAAUGGACGGUUAGCUGGCCUCUGAGCAAAUUGUACUCCUUAGCUACUGCGGUUCUGUCACUUUUACUGUGGGAAGCGUUCCGCAUUGAUAAUAUAAAACUUGAUAACAUAUGUGACACUUAACAGUAUACAGAAUUUUCAGCUGAUACUAAAGCCAUAUCCCAACUGAAGUACAUAAUGUUCUUCUGUACCUUGCAUACACCAUUGUUAUGAGAGGAAUUGGUCUAGGAAGUGUCCAUAGCUUCAUCAGAUAAGCAUUUAUUCAAAUGUAUUGUCAGUUUGGAAUAGAUUAAAAGUAUACCUGUCUAAAGUAAGGUCUAUUUGGGUUUAACUGGACUUAUCACAAGAUAUGAAAAAUGUUAAUGUUUAGCAUUAAUUCACGUAUUAGGUACGAAUGCCACAUUUCACUCCUUGAGUUAAUACAGCUAACCUUGUAAAUGUAAUUUCAGUCUCUUACGUCCAUAUCGGUUUAUAUUAUUCUCACCACUUGCAGGUUGUAAGGUAAUUUUUUGAGUAUUUCACUAAGAUUUUACUGACAAAACACACACUGAAAACAACAGGAAGCUUUGCCUAAAAAGGACCAUCAUAUUUUGGUAUUUAGAUUUAGUAUCUACAACUUGACAGAAGAUGCUUGUUGAAGGCUGAAUGUUAUGUCUUUUUGCAAAAAUUGUGUUUGCUGUUUGAGGAAAAAGGAGACAUCUGUGAAGAAAAUAGCUGGAAAUACAUAAAGCUGACAAUCCUCUGAUGUGGUUUUGAAUUCAUGUAGGUAAUAUUCUCUGUGGUGCUGGUGCAGGAGUCAUUGAAACUUAAGACUUCUCUGCAAUGUGAGAAAAAUUUAAUCUUAAACUUUCUAUUUCUGUUGGUGAAUUUCUUUAGUAAUAAAAAGCCUUUAAUAUUGGGUAUUUGCUAACUUGA